GACUCUCUUUCAUUGCGCCUAAAAUUGCCAAUUGUGCUCGAAGGGCCAUAUACGACGUAUUCUGUUAUAAUGGACAACCACGAGAUUAAUCGUGGCAAGCUUUGCUUGAUUUGUGGCACUGCCUUCCACAUAUCCGUAAUUCCAAUCGGAUUGUCGAACACCAUCCGAACCUUUUACAUGGAGGACUACUCUUUGGAAGACUCAAGACUUCCCAGUGCAGUUUGUAAGACGUGCCUACGACGAUUAUAUUCCUUUCGAAAUGGCGAUUUUAGUCGACCAAUUGCACCUUAUUUUGAUUGGUCAUCCAUGGCAUCAUUUCGACGGACGCGUGUUUCUCUCCUUUGCUCGUGUCAUCCAAUAUGUGCCCGUGCGAGCUCUGCUUCGAAAUUCGGAAGUGAAGGAAGAAACAACCAAACCAAGCGCAAGGUUGGAAACCCAAAUUUGAAGUUAAAGUCCAAGGCUGGAUCACGUUUAGCUCGACUGUGUGGGCGUUGCUUGAGCCCUUUGUAUCCGGGUUGCUCUCACAAAUGCGGAGCGAAAGCUUUAUUAGAGAACCUCGAAACUCGGUUACCUCAAGCCACCCGUGAUCAAAUGAUAAUUCAAACAUUGAAGCGAAAAAGUCUCGAAACGAAUGAUCAGGCGCACAAUUUAAAACUUCUACGACCAGGCAAUCCAAUUAAAAUCGCAAAUCCUUUUCAAGAAAAGGCAGCUCGGACCAAAACCUCAAAAAUUCCUGAUGAGUUGAUUGCCCUAAAGAACAACGUUGGUUUAUCCAAUAAGCAAACUCUAAAGAUUUCUUCAAGUAUUCGUCGAAAUUUUGGCUCCAAUGCCAUUGAAACAGGUGUGGCCCAAGCACUGACGCGACGAAAUCGUUUGCUCAAAGACUACUUCACUCAAUCUAGUGUAUACUUCCCAGAUGAUCAGAAAAAAAGUACCAUUGUUUGGUGUCAUGAUUUAGCCGGCUUAAUACGUAGACUAAGGGAAUUGAGAGGCACCAUCAGUGAUGAAAACGAAAUUAUAAGGAUCAGCAUCGACAAAGGAGGAAGAACGUUGAAAAUGACCAUGUCUCUCGUGAAACAUUCGGAGAUUGAAGAAAAAGGAAACAACGCCGGGCAACUAAGCAUUGGAGUCAUGAAAAUGACGUGUAAUGCAGUUGCACACGAUGUUUCGGAAGGUUACAACAACUGCAAGAAGAUCCUUUCCCGUACUCAACUAAACGCUCUACCCUUCAAAUUCCAAUUGGUCUGCGUUCCAUUCGGCUUUCCGUAG